AUGUUUUCCUUGCUUGCUCGCUUUCUUUCUUCCUUUUCCAUCGUGCAAUCUCACCUUUCCUUUUCGUCUCUCUAUCAUACACUUUUCUUCUCUCUAAUCUCUCCUGUAGUUCUCUAUCGUACAUUUCUUUCUUUCUUUCUUUCUUUCUUUCUUUCUUUCUUUCUUUCUUUCUUUCUUUCUUCUCCAUCAUAUACUCUCAUCUAUGCUUUUCUUACCAUUCAUUCAUUGACUUCUCUCUCCUAUCUCCUGUACUUCACCUUAGACUUUUUCUUUCUUCUUCUUCAACUUCUUCCUUUCUUUCUUCUCCAUCGUAUACUAUCAUCUUUCUUGUUUUAUGAUUCAUUGAUUAACUUCUCUCUCCUAUCUCCUGUACUUCUCCAUCUUAUACUUUCUUUAUAUCUUUCUUUCUUUCUUCCUUUCUUUUUCUCUUCCUUUCUUUCUUCCUUUCUUUCUUCCUUUCUUCCUUUCUUUCUUCCUUUCUUCUCCAUCGUAUACUCUCAUCUUUUCUUUUUAUCAUUCAUUCAUUGA